CGCGCCCAUGUUUAUCGCGGGUCACCUGACUAUCACAUGAUUACACCUUCCGUAAAACUCGUGAUGCGGCGAUAAUUUUUAUUUGCACCUGUAUAUAUCUGUUCAAGCGCUUCAGUUAAUAGUUUUGGGUGAUAUAUUCUAGCCCUCUGGUAACCAUGAAGGUGGUAAUUUUUGGUUUACUCGUGGCCGGUGCCAUGAGCGCCGUUGUGGAAUUCAAGAAUCAAGACGUCUUUGAGCCACUCUCAGAUGAGAUGAUUUGGUUCGUCAACAAACUGAACACGUCAUGGAAGGCAGGACAAAACUUCCACCAUAUUGCCAAGGAGGACAGACUGGCCCAUGUGAAGGUGAUGUGUGGAACCUUCCUGAACACGCCCCCAGAGCUAGUGCUCCCAGAGAAGAAAGUGAACCCUCUGAGAGACCUUCCAGCCACUUUUGAUGCUAGAACUCAAUGGCCCAACUGCCCCACACUUAAGGAGGUCAGGGACCAGGGAUCCUGUGGUUCUUGCUGGGCUUUUGGUGCUGUUGAGGCCAUGUCUGAUCGUAUCUGCAUCAAAUCCAGUGGAAAAACAAAUGCUCACAUUUCAGCAGAAGAUUUGACAUCUUGUUGCAGAACCUGUGGAAAUGGCUGCGAAGGAGGGUUCCCUGGUGCCGCCUGGAGUUACUAUAAGAAAGACGGCCUGGUCACGGGGGGACAGUACAACUCACAUCAGGGAUGUCUGCCAUACACUAUCAAGGCCUGUGAUCACCACGUUGUUGGAAAACUCAACCCAUGCAGCAAGGAGAUUCAGCCCACCCCACGUUGCAAGAAGACGUGUGAACAGGGCUACAAUGUCACCUAUAAAAAUGAUAAGCACUAUGGAAUGUCUGCCUACAGUGUAAAUGGUGUAGAGAAAAUCAUGACAGAAAUCAUGACCAAUGGCCCAGUGGAGGGAGCUUUCACAGUCUACUCCGAUUUCCCACAGUAUAAAUCUGGUGUGUACAAGCACACAACAGGAAAACCCCUUGGUGGCCAUGCCAUCAAGAUCCUUGGAUGGGGAACAGAAAAUGGUGAUGAUUACUGGCUGGUGGCAAACUCAUGGAACCCAGACUGGGGAGAUCAAGGAUUUUUCAAGAUCUUGAGAGGACAAGAUGAGUGUGGAAUUGAGUCCCAGAUCAGUGCAGGAGAACCCAAACUGUCUUAAACCUGCAAACUCACAAACUGUUCAUACAUUCCAACGAUUCCAGAAUAUUCUGAAUAUGAGAUUUGUUCAACUGAUAUUUUGUGCUCAAAUAUUUGUUUAGUUAGAUAGCAAUAGUUUUUUCAUAUUGUGACUAUGAAUGAUAUUUUUAAAAUACUUUGAUACACAUAAUAUACACAAAAUAAAUAUUUAAAAAGA